AUGGCGGGGCCGAUGGAAGCCGCCCACGCUCACGCUCCCGCUCCUGCUCCCUCAUUGUCCUCCUCGCCAACCGCCCCGCCGGCCUCCGGUCAAGCCCCAGCCACCAAACACGCCGUCGUCCCAGCGCCUGACCUAACUCUUGCCACCAACCCCCUACACGAGCUCCUCCCAUCAGUAGCUCCACCACCUUCGCCAUUCUUCGACCCACCUUAUGUCAAGGCCAGGCAGGUGGCACUCCGCAACUUCCUGGGCUGCAGCAAUGCCAUGGGUCUGGAGUUUGAAGAUGAUUGCUGCUACUACCUCCGCCUCGACAUCACCACCCCGGCCCUCCACCUCGCCUCCCCGCUCUACAUCACCUUUGGCCACUCCAACCGCCACCUCAACGCCAUAGUUGUCGCCGCUUUGCUCCAGGCCGUCCUGGGUGGCUCGGCUGCUCAUUUCUUCAUCGCCCAAUGCUCUCCCUUGGUCUUCCGUUUCCAUGUCGCUUCUGCACGUGUUGCAGAGAUCAUUCUCGCUCAAACCACUCUCCGUUUCCGCAACUACUCCUUCUCCUUCGCUCGAACCCUGCCCCCGCUUCCACCUCCAUCUCGCUAUGCUGCUACAUGCAUGACGAUUGCACAGCUGCUCCAAAUCCCCGACGACCUGGGCGUCCACUUCGAAAAGGUCGCCUGGGCACAAUGUCGAUCGCCUGUUUCCAUACAUCCACAAAACCAGCAGCACGGAUGCCACAUGUACGCGCGCGUCAUCCAGUUCCCUUUCGCUCUUGAUGCCUCCACGAUAAGCCUCAUCCUCGCCGGCCUCUUUGGCGGUGUUCACCACCUCUUCAACGUAACGGAUGACGGAGACUCGUGCUUCUCCUUCACCGUUGCUUCGCCUGACGUUGCAUCGCUCAUCGCCUCCAUGGGUGACUUCUGCAAGCUGGGCAUGAUGAUCCGCUUCCCAUGGCCCCUGUCUAUGGGGGGUGCUUGCUGCUUGCCUUCUGGGGUUGCAUUGUCGUCGUCCGCUGGUGCCGCGUCCCCCUCGCCGUCGGUGGCUGAUCCUGCUCUACUGCCACCUGCAUCUACAACUCUUGAUCUACCCAAGGAGCAUCGUCAAUGGCCUGGUAUUAGCUUUUUCUAUCCUUGA